AUGUCCACUCACAACUCCGUCUUUGUACCCUCGCCACGCUGGCUCUCCGAGUCCCCUGCGAGACAGCCGAGCAACACUGGUACACCAUACAUCAGCUAUCCUGGUCUACAGCAGAAUCCCAGAAGCCCAGCACCCGAAAAUCUUUAUCGGGGCGACAGUGCUGCUUUCAAUGUCGAUGCCGGCGCCCCUUAUCUCGGUGUGGCAAGCCCAGCUGCUCUGCAGGACGCUGAGAGACAAUUAGAGGAAGCACCUAGGCAAACGAGGAGCGAGAGGCUCGUGUCCGGGGUCAAACAAGCAGUUCGCAAGUCGUUGAGGGAAAGCCAGCGGCCCAGUGAUCUUCGGUAUGAGCAUGGCGUGUACGGGGUUCCCAGCAUUCCCAGCGUCAUUCGCGACUCUGGGUAUGCAUCGUCCUCGUCCAGUCAACGGGAUGUACCUCGAGCAGCCCAACUCGAUUCUCCUCGUUCAUCCCCGAGGCAAGCCACGUCACCUAGACCGCCUUCAGAGACUCUUGUUGGUCACUACGAACCCAAACAGCCCAGAGUAGAUCAGCGUAUGGACCCCGUUAUGCCUACAGACAUCGUUCCUCCAGAGGCGAUGGGCAGCCCAGUCUCUUUAGAUCCGGAGUUUGGGUCGGACUACGCACAGAUGGAGCCCCCCACGCCUCCCCGAAGCGACAUUUCGUUGAACACCUAUCUCACCCGAAUCCGCCAAUUCAUUCACGAUGUGUCGGCACUUCCAUGGAUUGGAAAAGAUCGGGUGACGGCCGACUACUACCCCGAACGGAGACGGGAGGAGGAGAGGAGACAUCCUCUCAUUUCGUGGCACAGUCACAAUUACAGCCGCGUCAAUUACCACCUCUCGUUCGCGAAUUCGCGCGCGUCGGAGGACGCCUCCUCGUUCAGCUCGGAUUCAGCACUCAAGGCACCCAACCAAGGCACACCUGCAGUCCUCGACCUCGAGGCCGAGUUCCUGAGCUCGCCUUCUUCCACCCACCCCGAGGCGUCUCCAUCGUCCCGGCGUUCUCGUUUGCGAGCACCGUCGGGACCCCCUGGGCUGAUGUACAACACCCCGAGGAAGCAACGGACGCCUUCGCUGUAUUUCGAGCCCAUCCCGGCCGACCCAGUGCCUUGGGAGGGAGGAGAAGAGGGGCCGCCUGGGGAUGGAGAGAUGUGGGAGGCGUUUGCCCCGACCCAAACUGCCACGAUGACGCCGUACCACGCACCGCGAGUCCAGACGCCAUACGCCCCCCGCCAGGAGCUUUAUUUUACGCCUGUUCAAUCACGCACGCAAACCCCGACGGGCGAAUGGCAAGCGUAUCCUCGAUAUAUGGACGGGUAUGUCGCGCCACAGUUCGCUGAGAAUCAUUAUGGGUCGCAGUAUGGACCCGGCAUCCAUUCCGCCCGUCCACCUCUCGCACCUCUGACUUCAGGGCCACCAUCUACAGCUUCUCUACGCCGCCAUCCCUCUCAGUAA